AUGUCUGACGCCGGCGAGAUCGAGGUCGAGAACUCCGCCCUCUAUGAGGUGCUCCCCAAGGAUGUUGUCAAGGAGGUUGGCAAUGUCAAGCUCUUCAACAAGUGGGACUACGAUGUCGAGGUCCGCGACAUCUCCCUGACUGACUACAUUUCCCUGCGAAACCCCGUCUACGUCACCCACACUGCUGGUCGAUAUGCUACAAAGCGAUUCCGCAAGGCCAACUGCCCCAUCAUUGAGCGAUUGACCAACUCUCUGAUGCACCACGGCCGCAACAACGGAAAGAAGCUUAUGGCUGUCCGAAUUGUCGCCCACGCCUUCGAGAUCAUCCACCUCAUGACCGAUCAGAACCCCAUCCAGGUCGCUGUCGACGCCAUCGUCAACUGCGGUCCUCGCGAAGACUCUACCCGAAUUGGUUCCGCCGGUACCGUCCGACGACAAGCCGUUGAUGUCUCUCCCCUCCGCCGAGUUAACCAGGCUAUCUCUCUCCUCACCACUGGUGCUCGCGAGGCCUCUUUCCGCAACGUCAAGUCCAUUGCCGAGUGCCUUGCUGAGGAGCUGAUCAACGCUGCCAAGGGUUCCAGCAACUCUUAUGCUAUCAAGAAGAAGGACGAGUUGGAGCGUGUGGCCAAGAGCAACCGAUAA